AUGUCUCGAGUAGCAAAAAGAAUAAAACUUGAACCUAAUACAACUUCAAAUGGAAGUCAAAAAGAGGAAAAACAUCCUCUUUAUUCAGGUCAAUUUAUGACAUCAAGUAUUGAUAAUGAUGCUGAGCCAAUUGACGUUCCAUGUCCAUCACCUAUUCCAAAUGCAACUACACAAGGUUUACCUUUUCUUAAUGAUACACCACAAGGAGUACCAGAACGACGAACAGAACCUAACGGUCAAUUUACUAGUUUAUAUUCUCUUCUCUGUGUUAUUAAUACAGUAUAUAGAUCUAAUUUAACAUCACCGAAAUGGAAAAAUUUUCGUGGAUCACGUAUUGAAUGUCAAGAUAGAAUUCGUUUAAAUAAUAUUAUAUGGCGAACAUGGCAUCAACAAUAUGUUCGAAAUAUGAAGAAAGUUGUUUGUCAAUUUGUUUCACCGUUAGAUACACAAAUAUUACCGACACAAUUAACACAACAAUCAAAACAACAAAUAAUAAAUAAUUUGAAAGGUGAAUAUAUUAAAUGGAGACAAAAUUCAAAAAAAGCAUUAAGAAAAUUUGAAAAUGAUUUACCGAGUGAUGAAACAAAAAAUCUUUUGGAAAAAGUUACAGAAACUUAUACACCAAAAAUAAAUACAAAUCUUCGUCGUAUAGCAACACCACCACCUGAAUCAUAUAAUUUCUUUGAUGAAUUUGAUUUAAUUGAAGAUCAAUUACUUUUUUCAACAACAAAUAUAUUUAAUGAUAAAGAUGUUGGUCUUGGUGGAAAUCCAGAUUUAUAUCAACCUGUUAUGGGUCAAUGUCUUUUUGAUUUUAAUUCUUUACUUGAUGGUUUAGAUCAAACAAUGACAAGUAAUAAAAUUUUUCGUUUGAAUAAUUAA